AGAGGGAGGCUCAGGCUGGCUCCUGUCACAAGGGAGCACCGAACUCUUUGGGUGUUGACUGAAGCACGUUUUCGGGGCUCCCCAGGGAGAAGCGCGCGCCGAGCAGAGCAGACCCGGCGGGCCCCCGCUGCACGCAGCUGAUCUCUCUGAGCUCCCCCUCAGCCAGGUCACACCCCCAGCCCGGGGGGGAGCAAACCCCACCCAGGCGAGCGUCAGGCUGGGUGUGGCUGGUGUCCGCGCAAAUAUGCACAGCUCGCCCGUGCUGGCGGGCUGCGGCGGGGCUCCGGCUCGGCCCCGGGGGAGCGCCCCCCCUUGUCAAUGAGCGGCUUGGCCGCCUGCCUUUCCCAGCGCCCCGACUCUUGCAUGGGCCCCUCCGCCAGCCGGGCGCCCAGCCCACGGGCUGUGCCGGCGGCAGCAGGCUCCGGCUCCCAGGGGCCCGCCCGCCCAGUGAGCGGGGGAUGAUGCCCAAGGAGAAGCCGCUGUGGAAGGGCUCCGCGUUUCGCCUCUGCCUGCUUUCGGCCGCGGUCUUCCUGUGCCUGCAGCUGGGGCUGAGGCGCUCCUGCGCCCCGGCGGAGAAGGCGGGAGCAGAUGCGGCCAGGGCUCUGCCCGCCCGGGGCACCGAGCAGCGCCUAGGGCCGGCGCGCAGCAGCCGCAAGGACCAAGCGGAGGCGCACCUGGCGCCCGAGGCGGCGACCUCCAGCAGGAGGCGGGUGACCUACCUGAGAAGCAGCCGCAGGAGGAGCUCGGAGCCCACCUGCUGCCCCCUGCAGUCUCUGGGCAGCAGCCGCAGGAAGACUAUACGAUGGCACGUAGACCUGCAGCCUUGGGCAAGUCCAACUCCUUCCUUGAAUUAUGAGGCCUUGAGGUUCCUGAAGUAUAUCACUACGCCUCAGGUUUCAUGUGAACAUAUGAAUAUGAACAGCCUGACAGAUAACUCUAAAACCAUAAAGAAGCCAUGGUCAGUCUGUCUUGAUGACAGGUUCAGUUUAGUUCAUCGAAUCAAAAGCAAGCAAUGCCGUCUCUAUUCACUUGGACUGAGCAGUGAUGAUAACCAGUUUGAGAUCAGCAUGGCCAACAGUGGAUGUGAGGUGCAUCGAUUUGAUCCUAGUAUCAAAUCAGCUCAUAUUCAGGAGGGACAACACCUUUGGAACCAUCGCCUGUCCAUUGACUGGAGAGAUCCCAAUCCGGCAAUUGCUGCUCAUAAACUACGCAGCCAUAGAAAAAAGCUUGGCACCAUCUUGAAUGAAUUUGGACAUCAGAAGAUUGAUGUCCUCAAGGCAGAUAUGGAAAGUGCGGAGUGGAAAAUUUUGGAAAACCUGAUUCUGGAAGACAUUGUUGAACAGAUAGGACAAUUGGUCUUUGAAGUUCACAUUCAUUGGCCUGGAUUUGAGGUCAGUGGCAAUGACAGCACGGUGGUCCGAUACUGGUACAGUCUUCUCAAAGAAUUAGAACUCAAGGAUUUCAGGCUUUUUCACACUUACAAAGACUUAUUGAAACCACAGAUGUUUCUGAAGAAGGAAGCCUUCAAUGCAAGUAGCUGUUACACAUUAAGCUGGGUGAACACAAGAUGGAAGUAGCAUAAAGGAAUUGAUGACAUGUAAUCAUCCCACUCAACAGCAUUAGUGAAAAAGACAUUGGAGCAGCUGACAAAAGUUACUGAACUUGCAAACCGAGGCCCUGCUGUCAAAAUGAACUGUUUUUCUGUUUCUCAGCAGUAUCGCAAAAGCUGGAUGUUAUCAUGCUUUGCUUCUGAGUACUAGAAAGAGAUCUGGUGUUGAAAUUGUUUUGUACAGUGCAUCUUUCAUGGUUACAUUGAUAGACUUUAUUAGAAAUAGAUGAGAGACUUUUUAAGUGUUUGUCUAAAGUGGUUAACUCUUCUCCACCCAUGGCUGUGGAUUGACCCCAGCUUCCCUAAAGGUCAGCAAAGAGAGUUUGCCUAUUCUGUCCCUGAAAAUUCACUGGGAGCGGCUCUAGUACAGUGUACACCAAGAGACGCUGCUGAAAAAAUCAGUGAUACAAAUAAGUUACUUUCUCAUAAAUGAUUAUGGUUAGACUAGCACCUUUUAGUACUUUAAAAACAAACACUCCCAUGAUAAUUAUGGCAGAUUGUCUUCCAAUCAACAAUUACUUAAAACGGGACAGUCAGUGGAAAAUAUAGUCAAUUUACAAAAAAGGUGUUUUGUAUUUUCAGAUACUACACCUGCCCCUGAAUGUAUAUCCAUGCCAGCUCCUACUCCACAUGCAUUCUUCACUCAAAUCAGUCCCCCUUCCAACGGCUAACGAGCUGAAAUCACUCAACUGGCCCAUCCAGG